GGACCCUUCCAGGUUAUUGCGUUAAUCGCCCCCACCACCACCACCACCACCACAACACCGGCCUCCAAUUCAAAGGCGGUCAAAUCUCUCUCUCUCUCUCUCUCUCUCUCUCUCUUUCAUGUCGCUUCUCUGCUACUCCCAUGGCGUCUAAUCCUCAGCCUCCUUCAGCUGCUCCCCCACCAAAACCAUGGGAGAGAAGCGGUGCCUCUUCUGGUCCCGCACCUUUUAAACCGCCAUCUGCUGGCAGCACCAGUGAUGUGGUUGAGGCUUCAGGAACUGCAAGACCAGGAGAAAUUAUUACAUCAACUGACAGGACUACCACUGCUAAUAGGAAUGCUCUGGGAAGGCCUGUUCCUACAAGGCCGUGGGAGCAGCAGAGCUACGGGAGUAAUACCUAUGGAGGUUAUGGUUCUACUUUGAAUUACGGUUCGGGUUAUGGUACUGGAAUGUAUGGUGGAGUAGGUGGAAUGUAUGGCAGUAGUAUGUAUGGUAACUCCAUGUAUAGGGGAGGCUAUGGAGGCCUUUAUGGAUCCUCAGGAGCCUAUGGUGGUGGAAUGUAUGGUGGUGGAAUUGGAGGACCAAUGGGUGGCUAUGGGAUGGGAAUGGGUGGCCCUUAUGGAGGUCAAGAUCCAAACGGUCCAUAUGGCGAGCCACCUUCUCCUCCAGGGUUUUGGAUAUCAUUUUUACGGGUGAUGCAAGGAGUGGUAAACUUUUUCGGCCGCAUUUCAAUUCUUAUUGACCAAAAUACUCAAGCCUUCCACAUGUUUAUGACAGCGCUUCUUCAGCUUUUCGAUCGGUCUGGAAUGUUAUAUGGUGAGCUUGCUAGAUUUGUGUUGAGGCUGCUGGGGAUCAGGACAAAGCCCAGAAAAGUCCACCCACCAGGCCCUGAUGGACUUCCACUUCCUGGACCGGACAAUCCUCAUGCCGCUCGGGGCUGCAUUGAGAAACCAAAGGCCGCUCCAACUGGAUCUUGGGACAAUGUUUGGGAAAAUGAUGCCUCUAGAUAACGUUGGAUUAGCUACUUUGCUUGAGUGCGCACAGAUUGGUCAAGAACACAAUUCCUCUCUGUGUAUGUGUGUGUGGACGUCUCAAGCGGAUUGGAUCUCCAAUGUACGACAGUGUGUAAUCUGUUAUGGUGCAGAAAGCGCAUCCGAUAAAUAAUAAAAGUUUGAUAGCUUGGUUGAGAAAUCUUGAUUGCCCCUGGAAAGUGUCGACUAAGAAGAACUCGUACAUGUUAGUUAUAGUUCACCAUUGAAUGUUGAAGUGUUGGAAACAGCAAUCGUUGGUUUGACUGCCCUAAUUAUGGCGGAAUAUUUCCAAUAAGUUAAUGAAAAAGAGGUGCUUCUAUUUAUCGA